CGUGCACAUUUGUUCUCACGCGUUUCAUUACGCGACUCGUGCAAUUUAUUUCUUCGAAACGACAACAAACGAUCGAUUGGUUGGCGUUUGAUCGUGGUGGUAUCGCGAGUGGAAUAUUAAUAACGAGCUGUGUUAUCGACAAAAAAGGAAAGGGAAAUCAUCGCGGAAUUAUGACAAUCACGAGACUUUCAGUUCUCUUCUCGUGGAAAAGAGGUCGAAGGUUACGACGAUAAAGCACAUUACCGUGAUUACACGACGCUUCCCGAUCGAAUAAAUAACUCGAACGAUCGGCGAACGUGCAGUCGAUUUUUGGCACAUGUCAAUCCGCUUUCAAUCUGACGAUCAUGAGGGAUUUGAACCGAAAGUCUAACGGAGAGGACCAUUGCAACGGUCAAGAUUUCGAUUUGAUCGCGGAAAGUAGAAACAACGAUAUCGACUCAUCAACGCUUUACAACAACGAGGAAAUUCUCGAUCCAUACUGCGUCGAGGAAAAUCCCCAAAAGAUUACUUUCGAGGACAUCACUUCCGCUGCGUUCAAAAUCAAAUGUGGAAUCGUCAACACUCCUUGCGUGAAAUCGCGUCUGUCAGAUGCGAUGGGUAUCGAUUUGUAUUUGAAGAAAGACUUCCUCCAAACAACUGGAAGUUUCAAAGAACGUGGCGCGAGGUAUGCUCUGGUGAUGCUGACCGACGAACAGAAGAAGAUCGGCGUGAUCUCGGCUUCGUUGGGAAAUCAUGCACUCGCUCUCUCUUAUCACGGGUACAAGCUUAAUAUACCAGUGACCGUAGUGAUGCCGGUGCUGGCACCGAUCAUGAAGAUCGCCGCUUGUCGUCAAUACGGUGCGAAUGUAAUCGUCGAUGGUCUGGAUAUGGGUGAGGCAAAGGGUAUCGCGCUGCGACAGGCGAAAGAGAAUGGGCUGACGUAUAUAAAUGGGUACGAUCACCCAGAUAUUAUGGCAGGACAAGGAACUCUAGGUCUUGAGAUCGUGGAGCAGGUACCCGAUAUAGAUGCAGUGGUCGUUCCCAUCGGAGGAGGUGGUUUGAUCGCGGGGGUAGCUCUGGCCGUGAAAACCCUCCAACCAAAUGUACAGAUCAUCGGCGUUGAGUCGGAAAGAUGUCCUAGUUUCUAUAAGGCCCGAAAGGCAGAUCGACCUACCUACACUCGUAUAGAUUCAACUUUGGCCGAUGGCCUUGCUGUUCCUAAGGUUGGAUACAAUGCUUUUGCCACCGCGAAUCCGUUGAUCGACAAAUUAGUCGUGGUGAAGGAAGAGUGGAUAGCAAUCGCGAUCCUGAAGCUGGUCGAGAACGAGAAAUGUAUCGUCGAGGGUGCUGGAGCGACCGGCCUCGCCGCCAUUUUGGCUGGUCACCUGGAAGAACUGAAAGGCAAAAGAGUGGUGUUGCUUCUAUGCGGAGGAAAUAUCGACACAACGAUCCUAGGUAGAUGUUUGGAGCGUGGACUAGCAGCGGAAGGCCGGCUUUUGAAGUUUACAGUGACUGUGUCCGAUCGACCGGGCGGAAUCGCAGAGCUCUGUAGAAUGCUGGCCAGCAUCGGUGUCUCGAUAAAGGACAUCAUGCACGAGCGGGCUUGGAUUAUGUCGGACAUCUUCAGCGUGGACGUGAAAGUGGUUUGCGAGACUAGAGACCGGGAUCACGCGGAACAAUUGAAGAACAUGUUGCAUCAAAAUUAUCAGCGGGUUGUGUUCGGCACUAGUGACAUGUCCGCUCUGGACUUACCUGUGAGCAUGUAACAUGUCGUUCUAAAUUCGAACUUUCUGCUAUCGUCGAAUGACGCCAAGGAAAAGGAUUCGACACGAUUUUGAGUAUUACUUAAUACCGGUAAAGCUUCUUAAUUUCUGUGAGCGAAAUAAUCUUUUUUUUUAUUGAACAGAGAGACGUACUAUUUAUAGGAAUAUCGAAGUAAUUAUCUCAUUGUUUGUAGUUCAGAUACAGUUCGAAUCCUUGUAUAUGUCAUACUGAACUAGGUCCUGGUCACGAAACAGAGGAAACCGCGAACGUUCCGCAUCGAUUUCCAUUGUACGCUCGAAUUAUUGUCCAUAUUCCUGACUGCGAGGGAAGUUUCUACGCAUCUAUAAAGACACGACAGCUAUGGUUGCUCCAAAAAGCGAGCUGCUCGCGUUACAAACGAGCAACCCCUCUGCGUAAUUUGCAUCUGAAGAAGGGUGGUUCGAUGGCUCGAAAUUUGAGAGCAGCGUCUACGCAACACGCGUCACACUGAGGCGUAAACGUACACUCGCGAAAUUUAUUACUGUUGCGAUGCUUUUGCGUUGGUUUGAGAGAGAGAGAGAGAGAGAGAGAGAGAGAGAGAGAGAGAGAGAAGUGAUCAAAAGGAACAAAAUUUCACCCUUCUACUCAUACGCUGUUUUCGUCGCGUUUUAUGUCGGGGAUACGUGUUGCUACCGCCACCGUACGGAUACGAUUGGAUUUUUGCGUAAGAGGAUCGUAAAGCGUUCGUUUACGAGCUCAAUAACGACGCAACCCCUUAUUGCGAGAUGACUGGCUGUUUGACAACUUGCAGCUGCUCGUUUUCGACGAACUGCGCAUUAUUCUAAUCGUAAGGGAUGUGGAGUGCAAAAAUUGGAUGGAGAUGGUGGUUGAGAAGAUCAUUUGUACUAUAAAAAAUAUAAUAUUCGAAAUACUACAUGGUGUAUUACUAUGAUUAAUAAUAAAUUGCGUAAAUUACGUA